AUGGCCGACGACUCACCUCCAGGAUCUCCCCUCUCCGAUCUUUCCUCAGACGCAUUUGACGACGAAGACAACGAACGGAUGGCCGCAGAUGCUCACAUGCCGCCUGCUAAAAGGCAAAAAACGGGCAGCGACGAAUCUUUGCGCAUCGCCACAUCUCGUAUCAAAAUGGAUGGAACAGAUGGUUAUUGUUCUACUGAUACCGAAGGAGACAUUCCAGACUCUCCAAGCAUCGCUCAGCGACCUGAAGAUGCCCUAGAUGAUUUACACGAACAAAUUACUGUUUGCGCAUGGCUUGGUUGCACUAAGGGAGAUUUGGGAGAUAUGGACCAGUUGGUGGAACAUUUACAUCAUGAUCACAUUGAUUCUCGACCGAAAAAAUACACAUGUGAAUGGUUGGCUUGUCCCAGAAAAAGCCAACCACAAGCAAGCGGUUAUGCUUUGAAGGCACACAUGAGAAGUCAUACUGGAGAAAAGCCAUUUUAUUGCGCAUUACCUGAAUGCGACCGCGCUUUCACACGCUCUGAUGCUCUUGCCAAACAUAUGCGAACAGUUCACGAAACCGAAGCUCUUCGUCCUUCCGAUCCUAUUCCAAAACACAUUCAAGACCAUUCAAAAGGGCUACCUAGACAUCCUCAACCCAGAGUCGUCAUGAAACCAUUCCCAGAUUCAAAUCCGAUGGCAGGAGCACAUAUCUCACCCUUAGUUGAACCCUCGUUAAUGGCAACAUCAUAUCCUCCUGAGUUGGGAAUUACUUUGGAAGAAGAAGCGAAAGGGCCAAUUGAGCUAUGGAAAUUACUACGAAAGCAAAUACAAUGGGCGGAGGAGGAAGGCGAGGCGCUAAGAAAGCAAUGUGAGAUCAUGGAAGAAAUCAGGAAGAAGGAAUGGAUGGAGAAGGAAGUUCUACUCGAUGUUGCCAUUGCAAAAGACUUGGAAAUGGAGGCGAAAAGAAAGGCGGCCUUUGCUGAGCUUGCGAAGCUUCCCCGGGAGGAAGUCGAUUACGUUAUGAACGAAGAAGCAAACUCACCCAGUAUUCGCGGCGCUGACUAUACAGAACAUACACCAAAUACGGCGAUGUCUCCAAGUAGGACUCCAUUUUCACCUAGAGAUCUGACGCCAUUGGAACAGAGCCAAGGACCUGUUGAAGCAGAUGCGGCAGAGGUUUUGACUUCUAUGGCACAUGCUUGA